AGUUUGUUAUGUCGGCUGGGCUAGAGGAUGCAAAGUAAAUAAAAAGCGAAAAUACAGGAAAUAUGGCACCGAAACUGAAAUUUGCUGAAGGGGAGAAAGUGUUAUGCUUCCAUGGCCCGCUCAUUUACGAGGCAAAAUGCUUGAAAAGUUCUGUUACUAAAGAUAAACAUGUGAGAUACCUGAUACACUACGCCGGAUGGAACAAAAACUGGGAUGAGUGGGUGCCGGAGAGCAGAGUCCUCAAAUACAACGAAGCUAAUGUUCAAAGACAGAAGGAAGUACAGAGAGCACACUCAGCACAACCAGUCAAAACUAAAAAGACUCCAGCUAAGGGCCGGAAGUCGGAAGCAGCCAGCUCCACUCCAGCUAGGGAAGAAUCCAGAGCAUCUACACCUGCAGGUAAAGAUAAGGACAAAGAGGCUGAUGCGACACCAACAACCACCACUAAAGCCACCAAAACACAAAGUAAAGACACACCAGCAGACUCAGGGUCAGAUCAGCCUAAGAAAAAGCGCGGCCGGCUAGACAUCUCUAUUGAAUCUGAAGAACAGUACCUCGCCAAAGUUGAAGUAAAAAUCAAAAUACCCGAGGAGUUGAAAGUGUGGCUUGUAGAUGACUGGGACGUUAUCACGAGGCAGCAAAAACUAGCUUUACUACCCGCUAAGAUCACAGUGUCACAGAUAGUUGACAACUACCUUGCCUCCAAGAAGUCGAGUAAACAGCACAACCAGGCAAAGGAAUCUGUACUAGUUGAUAUAACUGAAGGCAUUAAAGAGUACUUUAAUGCGACAUUGGGUUCACAAUUAUUAUAUAAGUUCGAAAGACCGCAGUACAGUGAGAUUUUACAAGAAUACCCUGACACACCAAUGUCUCAGAUAUACGGAUCUAUACAUUUGCUAAGGCUGUUUGCGAAAAUGGGUCCAAUGUUGGCAUAUACAGCGUUGGACGAGAAAUCCUUACAACACGUACUAACGCACAUACAAGAUUUUCUAAAGUAUAUGGUGACGAAUCGUUCUACGCUGUUUAACUUGCAAGAUUAUGGUAACGCUACCCCCGAAUAUCACAGAAAGGUUCAAUAGUAUUAGGCUUUUGCGAUUCAGAGGUAAACAAUGUGUUAAAGCCUAAAAUUUCAGCCUUUUCUUAAUCAUUUUAGACAACAGUAUGGUUAUUUCUACAUAAAUAAAAAUGAACUUUCAAUUUUGUUAGUCAUGCUAAAAUUCGAAAACGGCUGAACC